AUGGUAGAGACAACCCGGGGUCUCUUUGGUUCUGAUAUGUCUUUGUACUGUACAGGGAUCCUAGGGAAUAAUGCCCCGUCGACGGAAACCUCGCUUGCGCAGUUUGAUCUCAUCACUAAUAUCAAUCACCGCGGUGCAUGGCUAUGUUCACGAGCCGAGAUAGGCCAGAUGCAGAAACAGGAGCCGUUGCAGGGGAAGAGUGUAAGAGGUGCCGUUGUCAAUAUCGCCAGUCAGCUAGGGUUAGUAGGACGAAGAGACGCUCGUGAGUUCUUCGCCAUCUUAAAAGGUUAUGAUACGAGUAAGACUUAUAUUAAUAAGAAGUAGCAGCGUAUUGCGCAAGUAAAGCCGCAGUCAUCGCAAUGACCAAAUGCGAUGCUAUAGAUGUAAAAUUCCGUUCCUCUAUCUUACUAAACGCCCUCCGCCCCCCUUUAUACACGGAGAGAGCUCGGCUAAUUCGAUAACGGUCUAGUACGCUCAACAUAACAUCCGUAUCAAUUGUGUUUGUCCGGGGGUGAUUGCGUGAGUACAUCUCUCCUUAUAUAAAGCCUGUUGUACUUUUUAUUCUAAUCGAUAUUUGUUAGAACCCCAAUGACACAAUCCGAUCCCAGUUUUGCUGCUGCCCUAGGGCCGGCUACUGCGAUAGCACCUAUGAAUCGAAUGGGGACUGCGGAGGAAGUUGCGGCUGCUUGUUUGUGGCUGUGUGGGGAUAGGGCGGGUUUUGUUUGUGGUCAUGCUUUGGUGGGUUAUUUUUCUUUUUCUUUUUCUCCCUUUUAUUUUGGCGAAGGAAUUAUGGUUUCGAUGGAUGAUAUGCGGAUCCUUGAUGAUGUAUCUAUGCCACGCCAAUUACAUACAUGCUAAUUCUCGCGAAAUAGGUUGUGGAUGGUGGAUAUACGAUUAACUAAUAUGUUAUGUCAUAAGGUUCGCUACGGAGAUGGAGAAUACGGGUGGUGCGUGAUCUCGGUUUUGUGUCCUGCGAAAUGCUGGAUAGUAGUGCACUGUACUUGAAGUCUUAGAAGAACCUUUUUAGCUGAA